AUGUUAGAUAACUUAAAUCAGGAUGUCUCAAUCCUCCAACCCUCCCUCCAAAUGACAGAUUCCUAAGUUCAGAAUAGAAUUCGACAGAUGAAGAUGGAAGACCCAGACGAUCAGACCUGCUAUCAGAGAUUCUGCAAUUUAUUCACUAUAGAGUAUUACCGUGAAUAUUUCGAUGUCACAACCGAUUUGGUCAUUGCCAAGGUUGUCAAUGCAUUCAACCCCUUCUCCGGAACCUUUUUCGACAUCGGUGGAGGAAUACCAGAAUUGUAUGGACCAUUCUGGAUUUUAAAUACGUUAAUCUUCACCACAGCAUUGUCUGUCAAUAUCAUCAAAUACAUGCAAUUACAACCAGGGGAGCAUUUCGAAUAUCAAUUUCAAAUCGUACCCAUCCUUACCAUAUUCAUGUAUCUCAAAACUCUCAUCGUCCCCAUGAUAUACAGAGUGGCACUUAAAUGUGUGUCACAAGAUCGUCUCACUCUUUUGCAUUGCUUUACUAUCUAUGGCUAUUCAGCCGUAGUCAUGAUUCCCAUUUCACUGCUCAAUUCAAUUCCCAAUCCUGCAAUACAAUGGAUGCUGUUGGUCUAUGUUUUGUUUGCCCAGACUUCAUUUCUGACUUCGAAUUUCAAUUAGGAAUUAAAGUAUUUGCCCAAAGAAAAGAAAUAUAUGAUUGUCGGACUUGUUGCAGUCGUAUAGAUCACUAUAAUGAUUUUGUACAAAUUCUAUUUCUUCAGUUCAAUCAAUUAUCAACAAUUGGGAUUAGUUAAAAAAAGAACGACUACUCAUUUACUAUCACAUAUUUUGGGCGCUAAUUGA